AUGGAUCCUUCAAAGAUCCCCCCCGGGCAUAUCUAUUGCAUCCAAGACGGAAAGAAGCACUAUGAACUCUUCACCACCAUAUAUAUAAGCGCCAACUAUUGUGGCCGUUGCGGCUUGGCCAACCCCUUUCGAACCCAGCAACGAGCCAGGUCUAAAACUCCAGCACUUCCUGGCCCAUAUGAUGAGGUGGUGGAAGUCGAGGACUCUCCGCCACGGCCAGUCAGCCCAGCAAGUCUGCUGCUGCGUGACAGACCAAAACCAGUGUCAUCCAUGAGCAUCAGACGCGCCGCUCAAUUCCUUCCCAACGAGAUUUCCUCAGCGGAUGCGGUGAACACGCGGGCAGUUAUAGCUCCCUCUCAGUAG